AUGGCGCUGUCUUCCGCGCCUCGUGCGUAUCACACAGGAGAUCUUCUCCUCGUUAUUCAUGAUUUCGCCGCGCGCUCAGAGGAUGAACUCGACUUGCGAAAGGGUGAGAAAAUCGAGUUGGUCGAGCUGGAUGAUGGCUUCGGCGAUGGAUGGUACCUAGGGAAGGACAUGAAGACUGGAAUGACCGGUCUUUUCCCAGGAGUCUAUACCACCAGAGCACCCAAUAUCCCUGUGCGACCUCGGACCGAUACGUUAGAUUCGAAUGCGCUUAAGUCAGACGGAGAUGGGGAAACAUCACUCUACCAAGGGAUAGGCACACCGGACUCUGGAGACUUGGUUUCGACUUCCAAGAGCGAGGAUUCGACUCCGCAUGCGUCUCGACACGUUAGCAUGACCGACCUUGGAGGUGCUCACGGACAAAACGAAACGAACCCGUCCUUGCUAGCGCCAAAGCAGCAGCAACCUCCAAAUCGGUCGAGUUCUUCCCCCCUGCCGAACAGCAAGCUAGCGAGCGACAUCCAACAAUCACUGCGACAGACACUUGAUCCCCACCCCAACGGUCAGGACAGUCCAGUCAUGAACGAGACACUAAGUGUCAUUGAUGAGCAUAUUACGGACCUCAGCACCCCACGCCACAGCGUAAAGCCACCAGCUGACCAAAAAACGUUAAAUGACUCCGCUAGUGAGUACAGUAGCCAUCUAGACCACCGAAUGUCGUACAUAAACGGCCAUGAAACCGAUGAGGAAGAAGGCAAUCAACCCUCUGAGGAAGAGGUUCGAAGGUGGGAAGUUGGAGAGACCGUUAAACAACUGCGUCAGCUCGGGGUGGAAGACAAGCAUUGCGAUAUCUUUGAAGAACAGGAGAUCUCCGGAGACGUGCUUUUGGAUAUGAACCAGGAUUUCAUCAUGAUGAAGGAAUUCGAUUUCGGUGUAAUGGGACGACGACUGAAAACCUGGCAUAAAAUCAAAUCGUUCCAGGAAGAGAUCAAAGGGUACAAAGACCAACAGUCAUCGACUGCCCGAGGCUCGGUUGCCGCGUUUUCGACAAUGUCUGAAGAGCGCUCUCAGAGCCGCGCUGGUCAGACAGGGCCGCUGCGUCCGCGAAUACCGAACUUUAGAGGGUCAUUCAGUAGCACUCAACACCCCCGUUUGGUCAGCAAUAAUCUGCAAAGUGAGACGAGCCCUCCUAUAACCCCGCAAACACCAUCAACAGGGUUUAUGGACCAUACUCGCCGACCUUCUGCCGCGUCGAUCCGGGAGAUUAACCACCAAAGGCGACAUUCGUCAUUGGACGCUACAAGUCGUUACUCGAUAACCGGGGAAACGUCUCCGCACGUCGGAAUGUCUCACGGAAAGAAGGGAUCUUUCGAUCGUGGUUGGACCAUGUCUCUCGGAGCGCAGCGGGCAACCCCGCGUCCAGGAACCGCCCUGGGGGCUCCCAGUGCCGGAGUUCAAUAUUCCAAUGGAGUGGACUCGGCUGUAGCUGAUGAUUUGGACCGUGGGUAUUUCUCAGGCCCGGAGACAGACCACCGAGUGCAGCGAAGAGUUCUUCAGAAGCGAACAUCGGUAACCGGUAGUGCUCACUCAUUGCAACCAAACCAACCCGAUGAGCAACUCAAGACCACUCGAAGACAUUCGCGGAUCAGCAGCUUGGACUCAAUAACAGACCCUCCUCCCGCUUUGAAUGCGGGUACUACCUACCCCCUCCCUUCUUCCAAAGGACGAUUGCGGAGUUUGAGCACCCGUAUUUCUGCUCAGCAAUCCUCUCACAGUUCCGGAUCCAAGGGAUCUAGCGGUGGAUUCCUCUCUUCAUUUGGUCCAAAGGCCGGAAAGCCGGACUCGGAUUCUGCACGUACCGCGCCGCAACCGUUGCAGCAGAUCAAAAAGGCGGGACCUAAAUUCCGGCGUGCUGUUGGGCUCCGAACGUCCGAGGCAACUGGCAAGGGCGCCGAUGCAACUGCGGUUCCGGCAUCCCCUGUUAAUGAUGCCGAUCCGGCCUCUGUUCGAACAGGGUCGACGACGCCUUCGACGUCGAAGAGCUCUGAACGACAUAGCACUGAUGGCUCUGGGAAAACAGCAGAAGGCGGUAUAUCAGUGCCACGAGCUCGACCGUCUGUCAAGUCAGGGGUGAAAUCGAAAAAAGACACCAGUGCCUAUACUCGAGGCCUGGAGAAGAAGACUCCACAAGAACAGAUGGAUGGCUGCGAUUUCUCCGGAUGGAUGAAGAAACGGUCUUCAAACUUAAUGACCACCUGGAAGCCUCGUCUAUUUGUUUUGCGUGGUCGUCGCCUUUCUUAUUACUAUUCCGAGAAUGAUACAGAGGAACGGGGCUUGAUCGAUAUCACCGCUCAUCGGGUUCUCCGAGCUGACAAUGAUCCAAUUGUUGCGCUACAUGCGACGAUUACGGGCGCCACAGUCUCGCCUACGUCACCUGCAGGUAGCGCGCAGACUGGUAAUGGCUCAGUCUCAGAAAACGGUUCGACGUCGGAAUCUAAGCGCGGGUCGCGCUCGGACAAGGAAGGUCCCUUCUUCUUCAAACUCAUACCGCCAAAGACGACUCGCACGGUGCAAUUCACGAAACCCGCGGUCCAUUAUUUCCAAGUUGACAGCAUUCAGCAAGGCCGCCUGUGGAUGGCCGCGUUGAUGAAGGCAACUAUCGAGCGGGACAUCCAUCUUCCGAUUGAAACAACAAACAAGCAGAGGACCAUCAGUCUCAAGGAGGCCCAGUUGAGUAACCAGCGACCCCCGGCCUUGAUGCCUGAGGGCCGAGUAACAGCAGAAGACGUCGUGGUCGAAGAUGCCUUGGUUGAGGAUGCACCAAUCGAAGAUGCCACCACGAAGGACGAGAAGGGAGCCGGAUUAAUGAUCCAGGGUCUUGAUAUCGAGCAAGUCGACUCGCCAGUGGAUGUGGACGACCUCAAGAACUCCAACCCACUGGGAGACCUUGAUACCGGCCCCUCGUCUCUGCUUCCAGAUGCGGCUCGCACAUCUCCACCAAAAUGA